GAAAAAAUAAACGAGAUGGUGAAAAAGAUGUGGUUUGGAGAAGAAGAGAAACAGCAGUGUCUCCAGCUCCAGUCACAGGCAGCUACUGCCAAUGUGCCGGUGUCUGUCGAUGUCAGCAUGAAGUCAGAGCACAAACUGUUUGUAUCAGUCUAUGAGCCAUCUGUAAGCUACUGCGUCCGGCUAGGACGAGUCAUCGUCACUUAUGACAAAAGAACGAACACUUGGCACUGCCCGUGUACAAAGCCAAGCUCUUCAUGCAUUCACAAAUAUAUGGCCAAAUGGCAUUUAUUCGAGACACAUGUGCAUCUCUUCAGAAAGGAACCGAGCACGGAGAUGAAGUCAGACAUAAGUGAACAAGAACCAUCAGCUGAAAAUAUGGGCAUCGCAUAUCCUCCUGAAGAUGACCAACUGCAGAGAAUGGUCUCAUACAUUCACUCUUCGAAAAGGUACCCAGCUGUUUUACCUGAUGAUGUCCUUUCUGUCCAACAAGAAGGAUACCCAGUGCAGCUUUUCCCCCUGGAAACGUUGUGCUCUACAUGUCCAGAAGACACCGUUCUUGGCCCACCGAUUCUCAUCACGAGUCAAGCGCAGAUUGUGUCUUUGACUGGUGUUCAGAAAGGUGUCAACACUUACUGCAAACAAUGUAGCAAAUGUGGGAUGCUGUACAGAUACCAGGAGUAUCACGAUGGUUUGCAUAACUUCGAUGACAGUGUCAUUUUGACCUUAAAUCUUUGCAUCUUCCUACGGAACUCGCUGCAGGCUCACACAGCUGUCGGUCAAGUUUUUGAUGCCCUAGAAGAAACUUUUAAGACCCCGUUGCCAAGCAGGGAUCGGCUUCUUCAUGCGUAUUUGCAUUUUGAAGCUCUCACGGCACAUGAAUAUAAAUAUUAUUGUGUGAACUGUGGAUACUUCCCAUCUGUAGUGGUGAUGGAUCGCCACGAAAAGGGGGUGUUCAGCAUGCCGUUCGGUGAUAUAGAGCCGGUCCCGGGGGAUUUCACAGGGGACGUGAACAGUGAAGAUUUCUGGGAUUGUGUUUCCGCGGAGAUGAUUGCCUGGGGACUCACGUCGAGUGACAGCAACAAUCCGUUUACAGUCCAUCCCAGCUAUCAUUUUUGGGCUCCUUGGAUUGGGCAAGGCACACGAAGGUCCGACAUAGUGCUUAACACAGAGUUUUUAAAAGCUCUGGGCGGAGCAGACGACAUCAACGUAACAGAAGACAGACUCACAAAUCAACUGAUGAAUUUGAAGGUGGACGCAGUGCGUACACUUUGUAAGGAAUGUGGUGUCGACUCUAAUGGUUCCAAGAUAGAUCUCAUUCUGCGCCUCAGGACCAAAAUGCAAAAUAAACAGGACUGCAACAAAGUGUUUGAGAAGAUCUGCGGAGCUUCAGGUGGUUUGGCUGCCAUCAUGUGUCCCUGCGGCAUAGUGUACAGCUUGAAGUUCAACAUUAGAGCAGAAGGCCCCAGAGACUUUGCAGAUAUGCUGCUGGCGUGGAAACAUCUGCCCAAUGUAUCAGUCUACGACUCAGCACAAGCUCUUGUGAACCACACCAGUGGCAGAGAGCCAGAAAAUCUACCAUUCCAGCCACACGAAGGCCGUCUUGCUCCUCCAACUCCUGAGAACAUUCAGGCCGCCAAGGACCGAACACUGAAGAUCCACCUUCCAUGGAUUUUAGAGCCGAACACUGAAAAUGUUGAAGAUGACAGUCAUCCAUGUACCAAAUCAUCUCACCGUUAUGUUUUGUGUGACAAGCCAGAUGAAGACAACGGCAAAGAUGAGAAGGAUAUCCUCAGGAGGAUUGAUCUUGUACCUGAGCUAGCAGGUCAGCUCGACAGCAAAGUAGCAGAACAGUUCUUCACAGAGAUGAGGAAGAACGAUUACUUCCUGAAAAACAUGUCGCCGUCAGCUUGCGUUUUUCUGGUGCGAAACAUGGUUCAUCACCACAAUGAAAAAAAAGAAAGACAAAGCAUUGAGAAGAUGAAAAGAAGCGUGUGGGAAGUCGGCUCCAGCCCGGAUUCUGUAGAUAAUUCUGCCAGCUUGGGUCAUUGUCACGACACCAGGGAUAUAACAUGACCGUGAUCUCUGCGAAAUAAGCCCUCAAUUUAGAAAAAAAGUAGAUUGAAUAGAAGACUGUUUGUGUCGUGUGUAAUUUACAAAGAAAAGCUUAUAAUUGUAUGUUAAUACAGUUUAACUGAAAAUGUCAUUAGGAGUCCACAAUCAGUUCAAUGGGUUAUUGUAUGCAUAUUGUUACUAAAUAUAUGUAUUUAUCUUUGAGAGACAUACUGUAUCUUAGUUUUUUUUUUUUUUGUGAUAAUUCAAUAGCAUGAUUGCCGUAACCCUGUAGAGCACCAACCAGGCGCGAGCUUUUAUGUUGAAAAUGAAAAGCUCACGACGCUCCUGGGGCUUCAGGGCACCGGGUGAGAGGGCAUGAGACGAGAAGUUCCAGACUGCAGCCAUGCAGAAAACUACUAAAAGGACGUCUUUGUAGAUGUAAAAAAAAAAAAAAAAAAAUGUAAAGACGACAGUUUGUUCAUGGUUUAUGUAAAUAAUUAGGAAAAAUAAAUAGUCUUUGUUUACAACUUCUAAAA